AUGACGCGUUACAAUUCGUGUUGCGACUUCCAGCACAUCAGCGAAAAUGUUAUGUGCCUCCUGCAAGGAAGUUGUAUUUGUCUGCUUAACCUUGUAAACAAUGAGAGAAAGUUCUUGUUCAUUUCGUGCUGUGAGACCCUUGGGGAUAUUCGCUUCGAGCUCGCGGCAGGCCACAGGAGAAAUGGCGCGAACGUAGCAUUGGGCCCUACUACAGAGGUCACCAUGAAGGGACAAACGAAGGCGGAAAUUAACUAUGUAACAUACAAGGGGGAGGGUAUGUACAUCCCACAGCCCGUGAGGAAAAUCUCCUGCAGUGAAAAGGAUCAUGCCAUGGCUGUGGUCAUACGUAGAUUUUCUGGUGAUUUUCUGUGCUACCUCGUAUUCGAUGAGGCAAAUGGGUUAAACUCCUUCGAGGUGCUUUCAACAUACAGAGUUGGCGAAACCAUAAAAGACGUAACACUGGGGAAUGGCCAGGUGUACCUGCUGCUAAAGAGGCGCCGUGGGCAUCCCUCCCAGGAUGGAGCGCUGUCUGGAAUGGAUAGCAGUGGGAAGUUAAGCGACCACUUGGGCAAUAAUCUACCCUCCGAUGCGGACUACCUUAUCUGCUCCCUCAAGUUGGCCACCAACAAGAAGGAAGAACUGAAAGUAAUAGGCACGCACAAGUCCACAUCGAGCUUCAAAAAAAUGAUGGUGUGCCCCUACGAUGAGAAGAAAAUAAUUUUGGUGUCAAAAAGGAGUGUGCUUUUUUUAUCCACCUCCAAUGAGCAUCUUCCAAAAGGAAAUGUAACCAACGUUACGAAGGAACUCUCCUUGAACAGCCCCGUUGUAGCAACCUCUUGGCUAGACUUCCAUAUCUUCACCAUCUGCCUCCACAAUAAUGAGCUCCUUUUUUUUGACCUUUCCACCAACUCGAGAGACCUGCCUCGGCUGAGGUGCUACAACAACUACUCCAGAAUAUGCUCCAUCUCUUACCAAUCUGAGUAUCUCCUCGUCGCAUUUGCUACGAAGGAAAUUGUCUGCUUUCAUGUCAACUAUCGCGCGCUUUCCCCGGGCGCCUUUCGCAAGGUAACCUCCGUCGAAGACAACUACGUCAGCACCAAGUGCCUAUUCCAGAGAAGAAAGGAGAAGCGGAAGACGGAGGAAAAGACUCCAAUGGAGGUACCUCCGAAAAAGACAGGUACAAAGGAGGUGAAAGGAAGCGAAGACGCCAACAAUAGGGGACAUAUUAGGAAGAAGCCUCCUAAGCAACCAAGGGACACCUUCGAAUCCAUAUUAAACGAUAUUAAAAAUGUGGAAAAUAAAAUAAAUGACAAAGGGUUUGAGUUGAUGGACGAGUCGGACGGGGAAGGGGGAAUCGAUCAAGAGGAGGGAUGGAACACCAUGGCCUUCGCUGAGUGUGUCGGCGGUUGUGGCAUUUCGAUGGAUGGACACCCCAGUUCGAAGGAUGAUUACGCCAAUUCAUCUUCCACUGGGGAGAAUAACCAUAACAACGUGAAAACACUCUCUAAAGGAGCUCACCGAAAGAACGACCUACGCCAGAUGCGGAAGAAACGGAAGGCCAACUUUGCUAAGCUGCAUUAUGAUGCUGACAACCUUAUACAUAUCUUUACCCCUAUCUCGAUCGUCAAUUUUGAAAGGUACGUAACGCACAGGAUAAAUAGUGUACACCUUCACGGAGAGAAUCUACACAUUCAGCUCGAAAAUGGACUUUCCUACUACACAACAACUUUUAACCGAAACAAAAUGUGUCUAGCUGAGGACUCCAGCUUCUACCUCUCCGGACACACUGUUCUGCACAAAAUAAAGGACCUUAAAAUUUGCAGUACAAAACAGCUUUUCACUUUGGAUGAAGCUAAAAUGCUCAAGUGUUACUCCCUUACAGACAAUGAGAUGAAUUUUAUCUGCACUGGUAGGAGAAUCAAAUGGUUCGAUGUUCUUUCCAUGAUGGGAGAAUGCAACUGCUUGUUUGUGGCCCUCACGGAUGGUUCCUUUUUUUUUAUCAAUCUAAAGAGCUGCAAGAUUCUUCUCUACGGAAGUGUCAGGCAUCACCUGCGGGGUGGAACUAGUAGAAGACACAGAACAAGCGGGGGAUGCUUCGAAAGUCGAUGUAUCGAGUGCGGCAUCUUCAAUAAGGUGCAUGAACACAUCUUCAAUGGCUACUUCAAGGUAUGCGGAGCGCUUCUCUUCUUCUUCCUGAUUUAUUCUGUGUCGCACGAAAAGUUGUUCAUUUACUUUGUGCAUGAGGUGCUAAUAGGACAGCUGUUCGCUGAGGUGUACGAUGAAGGGGAAGGAGAUGAAAAUGUCGGCAAAAGCUGCCAUAUGGCCCCACUAGUGCUGAGUCUCUCAACGUAUAGACGGCACGAUGUCAACGUCGCCGACGACUUGGAUUACAGCUUCCAACGCGACUGUGACUAUGCCUGCCUCCUGACGACCACCGGAGACCUACACAACUUCUACCUCUUCUUCGUGGAACUGAUAAAGAAGGAAAUCAUAACCAUGCGAAAGAAAAACUGGGACACGAACGUUCGUAUCUUCUAUUGGAAGGUGCCUCACAAAAAAGUCAUUUAUGGGAAGGUCAUUGGUAAUUACCUAGUCCUCGUGGACUUGCACUUAAAUGUCCGUUUUUUUUACAUGAACAAAGUUAUAUUUUGGGAAUUCUCCCCAGGGUAUUCAAAUGAUAUUGCAUCCUCCAAAUUUGGGGAAAAGAAGUCCUUCCUCAGGCGAUUGAAAAAAGCCAAAGGGAGUAGACACGAAGGUGUGCAUGCCCCAAAUGAUGACGAAAAAACCUUCGAAAAAUUCAUUUUGAAACAACGAAGAAAGAGAAAAACAUUUCAUCCAGAUGAGGUCAACGAGGAUUCGGGGACCCAGCCAAAUGGACAACAAAAUGCCGAAGAAAAAUCACCAGAUCCAUAUUUAUUUCGUCUAAAUGUAGGGGAUGAAGACUUACACAUUGAUCUCAGUCAUACGGGUAGAGUUCAGUUCAUUAACGAACGGAUGGAACAGAAUGCUGGACAUAUAUGCAGCUUUUACAUCGUCACAGACUUGAAUAACGUUGUUACCUUCUCCUUCGACAGUACAGCAUAUCCGCUUGGGAUCGUGAAGGGGCCUGAGGUGCAAGUCCCCUCUAUGGGCGGAAUGGAAAGGAUUAACUUCUUUCACCCAGUGGAUAUGAAAAGUGGAACAUACAAUUUGUUCUUGACUAAGGAGAGGUACUUCCGUCUGGAGGUUCCGUCGUGUUUUCUCAGAAUGGCACCCAGGGGUGAUCAGGUGGGAGGCGAUCACGAACCAAGCAGAUCACUGCAGGAUAACCAUGUGGGUAAAGAUCAACCCAACCCGCUAGAGAUAAUCAAUGGGGACCCUUCCCUCGAACUUAUAUGCCAACAGGACAUAGACUCAACUAUGCAAGCCACUUUGUUGAAGCCAAGUGAAGGGACUUCCUACCCAGGUGACGUGAAUUUUUUUUUGAGGCAACCCAGUGUGGUGUUUUUAAAAGUGUACAGCAGUGCCCUGAGGAAGCGCCUCCGGGUCAAGCGGGGGAAAAGCUUCCAGGAGAGCGUAUCAAUUGAGUGGGCAGGCCACCAAAGUGGUACCACAAAAGAGGCUCAUACUGGUGAUGAUAAAGUUAGCUUCUCCGGUGCGGGCACUCUAGGGGAUGCUGCUGUCUCUAUCACCGCUACCACUUUCACCGGAGCGCCUCGGCAUACGAACUUCUUCUUCGACAACGAAACGACCAUCUUCACUUUCCUGAACGAAAACGAGUACUGCCUCCCCCUGGAGGAGUGCCUUGAAAAUUACCAAAACAAGCUUUACCUGAGUGAACUCCACGCGAAGAGGAAGGAAGAAAGAGAGCAAAUAGACAAGCUCCGAAAACAACUGAAGGAACUAAUCACCCAAAACGAAAAUAGCAACAGUAGUAUCAAAUUGGACAGAAAAAACUUUUUUUUCGAUAAAAAAAUUAUUAACGAGUCAGAAAUUUUAAUCAAUGAAUUUGAAAAAAUAAAAAAAAAAUUUGGAAAAAAAAAAUUAGUCAAAGAACACCUAAUAAAAAAGCUAGAGAAAAAAUGCUCCACUCUUGCACAAGUCGACUUCCUCUUCGGAUUAAAGACAAAUUCAUAUGUGACCAAUGCGUUCAAAAAAAGAAAUUACAAUGUUUCUUCCCCAAUUAGAGAGAAAAUUAAAAUGCUGCGUUUCCUUCAACUUAAGGAAUCCGACUUUUUUCAAAAUGUAGAAAAAAAUAAUGUCCUUUACUUUUUAAAAACAACAAAAGAUUACAUAGAUCGGUACACCGAAGACUUUUCUUCCCUCUUCUUUUCUCAUUACUACCUAUGCACAAACAUGAAUUUGAAUUAUUUGUACGCCAACUUGUUCGGUUCCUCUUUCUCAUCCAGUGGGGUGGACAGCGUGCAGUGGAACUACCUCCUGUACUCCCCUUGCGAGUUGUUUACGAACGCGCGGAAGCGCUUGCAGUGCUACGUGCUGCAGAUGCUUAUCGACCAGCAAAAGGCCAAAUUCGGGAGCCACUUCCUCGGCCUGAAGGAAGAAAAGCAAAACUACGUUGAAGAAAUUAACUUGAUUUCCAACAAACUGAAGCUCUCCCUCGAAGCUACGGACAAAUAUUUUAGUCAUCCCUACUCUCAUACCAUCAACCCUAGUCUUUACAAUACGGGAGAAUUAAAAGGAUUCAAGAGGGACACGUUACCUGUUUCCAACAAAAUUGACCCUGACGUGUUGCUUGAAAUGCAUCUGCACAAACUCAAAUUGCAAAGUCAAACGGGGGAUGACUUUGGCGAACAUGAAAAAGGGGACACAAUUGUGAAAGCGCAGAAGAAGGGGGACAAUUUUCGGAUGGAAACCGCUUUUGGAGGUGAACCAGAGGCGGACAAGGACCCCCCCAAAGACACAGCCACUUGUGACGAUCAAGCGGACCCAGAAAGUCUUGAGAUCCAGGAAAAGAAGAAAAAUGAUGUAAAAAAUUCGCUAUCUGAUGUGAAGAGUUACAUCUAUCAGAUCUCCGGUCAGUGCGAAGAGUUCAAUGAGAAGUUAAAGCAGUUGAGGAAGAAGAAAUACAACAUACAAAAAGUUAUCAAGCUGCAUGAGCUCUACUGUAUUUCCAUUUACGCCACAUUAAUAAAUGAAGAAAGGAAGGAAGAAGCUCUACGAAAAAUAGAAUAUAGGAGGACUGAAGUCGAUGAGGAAUUAUCGAAGCUUGAGGAUUCGAUGAAACAAUUAGAUGUACUACAGGUUGACGAGCAAUCGCUACGGGAAGACAGGAAGCACCUGUUGGAGAAACACAAGAGGAAUUUGGCCUUAAGAGAACUACUUACGAAGAAGAAGCAAAAGUUCAAGAAGAGGUUCCUCCACGAGUGCAUGAACUUCGAUGUCCUCAUGGAGCAGAAAUAUGAAAACGUCAUCGGAUUCGACUUUGACUCCAGGAAGAAUUUAUUCAUAAAAAAAAAAAUAAUCCAGAAGCACAUUGCAGACACGAACCAAAUUAUCCAUGAGAAUUUCGAGCUGCGACGGAGCAUCCAGAAACUAAAGAACGACAUUCGCAGAAACAAAAUAAAAAAAGACUACUUGCACUUCUCACUCAUGGAUAUAGAAGAAGGGGUCGACGACGUCAAGUACCUCAAGCAGAACUGCGAGUUUCUCUUUAGUGAUAUAAAUAAUGUGAUCAGUUCACUGGAGGCUAAGAAAAAAAACAGAAAACUCAUUUUUCAAAUGUCUGAACAGAGGCUGCGCGAGCAAAUUAGCAACGUGGACGCGAAGAUUUCGGCCAUCAAAUAUGAGAACGUCGUGUUGGAGGCCAACAUGCAGAGCCUACUAAAGGAAAUUAGACAAAUGGGAAAAGUGGUUCAGGGCGAUCAGGAGUCACAAGGGGUUCACCUGCUCGAGACGAAGGGCAAUUCUGGAGACGAUGAUUCUGCGCGUGCAAGGAUGCCCUCCAAAUGUUCUGAUGCAAAUGCAGAGGUAGACGCAAAUAUCGCCCAUGAGAAUGAACCCAAGUGCGUGGCGGAACAAAACAGCGCCCAUGCGCAUAAGGAGGACUUGGACCAGGCCGUCGUUCCCAAAAAAAAAAAACAAACAAAACUGCGCACCAGGGACAUCCACGAAAAAAGUGCCAUGCUACGGAAAAAAUAUAAGUGA